AUGCCAAACUUGACUGGAGAUUCAAAACUAGUACCCAGUGGUUGGAAACUAUCGCAGGAUUUGCCAUACCCAAAAUAUCAAAACACGAGCGUAACUUAUAUAUUGAGUUUAGGAUCUAAGUGGUCAUCUGAUACCUACUUAAAGAAAUUAUCAGCGUCUCAAAGUUUAUCGCAAAGACAUUUUCUCAUAUUGCGCCAAGUUCGCGACUUACGUAACUGUCGCAUAUGUAACUGUUGGUGUCAGCUUAAAAAUUUUUAG